AUGGCAGGGACGACAGGCCAGACGAUGGUAAUCCCUGGAAUUGGCGGCACAGGACUGCCGGCUGGCAUGGUAGGAGUGAGUCAGAUGACAACAACUGAUGGUGAGGCAGGCGCUGUGGCGCUCUUUACCAACGCACAGGGCGUGUGGUAUGAUUACUCUGGAACGUGGGACGUGCCACUGGGGCGUUCGCAAGAGCGCGGCAACCCGAAGGGAUCUGAGCGCAAAGUGCGCGACCAGCGCGACACGGAUGAUAGCGGCGAGGAAUCCGACCCUGGCCAUUGGUCUGCGGCGUGUCCAAACGAACCGAGGUGUUAUGCGUGCAAGAAGUCCGGUCACUUCGCGAGAGACUGUCCAGAUGCAGAGGCCAAGACGCGCAACGACGAACGGAUGAGGCAGCGCCAGAAGAUGACGAAGCCGGCGGAAAACUAG